AUGAAUAAGACUGGCAAUAAUAGCGAAGUUACGAAACAAUUGUGAGUUUUAUUGAAAAACAAUCUGAUAAUAAACCAAAUAUAAUUUUCAGACAUACUAUAGAUGAGAAACUUGACAAAAUCAGUGCAAAAGACGUUGUAAGUUUGGCUAACUUGUAAAAAAUUAUUAAACCAAACAUACUAUUUUUUGCAGCUUUUCAUAGUCUUCAUCAGUAUUAUUGCAGCCGUUUCUUUGAUUAAUUUAAUUCUUUUGAUUUUGGAACGAAGAAAAAAAGCUCAUCAGGUAAAAAAAGUCUCCAUAGAUUUAUAUGUGGAAAAAUUACUGAAAAUAAUUUCAGAAUGCUGUUCCUCAAGCAAUUGUUAUUCAACCAAAUAAUUCUUCUGGAACUUCUGUUGAUCAGAAAUCGAAAUCAGAAAAAACAAAAUUAUCAAAUCACGGUGAAAAAGAUGUAUUGCCAUCUCGAUCAAUGAAAGUAAAAGUUGCAAUUCAAUCCGGCCAACAAUCAAAUCGAAAAGCAAAUAGUAAAGAAGUUUUAGGCGAAGAUAUUUCAAAUGUAAAAUUGGCAAAAAUUGAAAAUGUUGGAGCACAGAACUUGAUAGCAUCGAAAAAAGAAACUGAUGUUGAAGUUGCUAUUCCACCUCAACCAUUCCCUCAAACUUCAACUCCUGUGAAAAUUGAGCAAAAAUCUGAGACUCCUAUUUUGACACCUGCAACUCCUCAACAACAACUUCAACCAACUCAAAACUCGAAAGCCAAUUCAACAAUUGAUUCAAUGACAUCUUUUACUGUUCCAGAAGAUGGAAAAACUUGUACAAGUCAAUCAAACAAUGAUUUUAUUGUACCAGGAGAACCAGGAAUUAAACCAAAUACACCAACAGCAACAACUUUGUCAGGAAUUUCAAAUGAGGUAUGUUUUGAAUAAUUUUCAAAAAUCAUUUACUGCUCCUAUAAAAACCACAAAUUUCCAGCCAACUUCAAGCUCAAAGAACACCGCAAUAGAGCCAACAGUUGUUACAACUCCACCAAAUGCCACUCAACCAACACAACCAACAACACCAGUUGUUGAAAAAGAUCCAAAAAAGGUGAGUAGAGAAUUAUAGAUUUAUUGAAGUGAACAUUUUUGAAGAUUUGA